GCUAACUCGUGUUUGGCUCGGUCCAUCUCUUUGCUUGUUCUGCCCACUAUGACUAUUUUGUUCUCUUAGAAAAGACGGGCUGUGGUCUAUCUGGGUAUAGUUACACAAAUAUUUGAUGUAACGAUAGCACAGUGACUUUGAGGGCACGAAAGUGGUUACAGAUUAACAGGAUUUAACGCGUUUUCCUAUGAUAAAGUUAGUCCAUGGUCGCCACCGGUAGGACACUGCCGGUACCAUAAUGGCUCCAGUAGUGAAGCUGGCGGCGAUCUCCACAGCAAUGGGAAUGGCCUCGUUUCAAAUGUAUGCCAUGAGUGAGGACAAAACAUAAACUGUGCGGCUCUCCCCUAGAGAGUUGUCCAUCUAUGCUCUAGACCCUACAGCAACACACUACCUGGAUGAGCAGCCUGGAGAUCUGCAGAGUGGGCUGGGUGUUGUCCGAGUGGGGCUGCGGCCAUAUGUUAGAGCCGUUAAGAAUGCUUAUACCUCUGUCAAGGUUGGAGCUGUAACAGUCUAUACUGCUGGACAUGAUGACUGGGCAGAAGAUGUAUGCAGCCAACCAGUACACCACCUCAUAUGUGGCAUCAACCUUUAAAUCAAAGCCCAAAGAAGUAACUCCCCCAACUAAGCAGCAAGCCCCACCAACUCCUAUCCCUGAGACAGAAAUACCUGAGGCAAAGCCCCUCCCUGAAGCUGGAUCAUCUGAACCAGUCAUGCCUGCUGUUGACGAGGCUACUCCCUCUGAACCUGGCUCUGCUCCAGUCCCCAUAGAGGAGGGAGUUCCAUCCGAGGCUGAACCUGCCCCUCAGCCCACCACAGAGGUGGCCCCUGCAGAGGGUUAUAUUGACACUGAGCCUGCUGCAGCUGAGGGAGUGGUGUUGCAAGAGUGUUGAGACGACCCUUGUGCCUUCUGUUGAGACGGCCCCUGUCGAGGAGCCUGCCCCUGCACCUCCCGCUGAAGAGAUUCCUCCACCUGCCCCUGUUGAGGAGUUUGCUGCCCCACCUACAGCUGAAGAGACUGCAUCUACACCUGUUGAGGAGGUUGCUGCCCCACCUACAGCUGAAGAGACGGCAUCUACACCUGUUGAGGAGGUUGCUGCCCCACCUACAGCUGAAGAGACGGCAUCUACACCUGUUGAGGAGGUUGCUGCCCCACCUACAGCUGAAGAGACGGCAUCUACACCUGUUGAGGAGGUUGCUGCCCCACCUACAGCUGAAGAGACGGCAUCUACACCUGUUGAGGAGGCUGCUCUUCCAGCUCCAGCAGAGGAGCCAUCUGGGAUUGUAAUAGUAACUGCUGGGAAACCCAAAUUUGCACCUGACCCCAAGCUAGUUGACCUGGGCCAGGUCAGCCCUGAGGAUGAAGACCUGUACAACAUGCGUGGAUGAAGAACGACAGGAGGAAAAGGAGAAGGUGGAGAGGAGCUUGCAGUUUACAAAGACACCCACAGAGAGCAUGGUGCAGGCCAUCAUCUGCAUCCACCACAACACAAGGUUUACUUACCAGCGCUUACACGGAGUGUACAAAACAUUAAGAACUCCCUUUGCCUUCAGAACAGCCUCAAUUUGUGGAGUCCACAAAUUAUGUUACUAACCAAACUGGACCAUUACACUAAAUAUAUAUAUAUAUAUAUAUAUAUAUAUAUAUAUAUAUUUUUAAUAGGGACUACUUGGGUCAUGGCUAUGCUGUCACUUUUUUUGUCAGCCACAUUCACGUGGUGAAUGCCUGUUAUUAGUCCGGUCAGUCUAUGCAAAUAUUUUCCAUGUGGCAUUUCGUAAACGAGUGAGCCGUUUUAACACACAUCCAUGUUUUUAUAGCAUUUGUAAGACUUUAUAGAACUACUGAGUUGAACCUUUUUGUAAAACACCAAUGUUUAUGGAUUUGUGCAGCUCUUGCACAAGUUAGACACUCACAAAUAAGCCCACAUAGAGGAACCUGGAAGUCAUGUUACAUUAUGAACUGGCCAGUUUGAUAUGUGUGUUUGGAUCAUUGGAAUAAUGUCCUUGUACUUGAUGUCAGUUAGUAUUUUCAAAAGGAAAUGUUUCAAACAAAUUUGUUUGUAUUUUAAUAGAACUGUCAACAUAUUUAAACGUU